GUAGCGUUUCUUCCUCAUCCAUGCAUGAUCAUCGUGCUCGGUUCAACCGGGCCGAGAGAAGGUUUCACGCCGGCGAACUACUUCUCACAGCCGCCUCCGCCGUCUUGCCUCACCCAGAAGGAAGAGCUCGCCGUCAUGGUCGUCGCACUUAGGAACACUGUAUCCGGAACCACCAAUUCAGCUUGCGCUCACGAAUUGCUCCGAUUCCCAUUCAAUCUAGCAGCGUCGGUGCCGGUUUCGGAGCAGCUCCUAUCCGUGAGAUUGCUGGAAGCUGGAGUUCAAUCAAAUGGCGGGAUCGGAAAAGGCGAA